AUGGGACGGAGUGGGAGCGGCCGCGCCGCGCUGCGCCGCCAGGCUGGGGUGGGAGGCACGGGGGACGCCGAGCCCGCGGAACCUGCGGGGGGGGACUCGGAGAAAGGGCGCGGGGCGCGGGGGACCUGGCGCCGGCCCGCCCCCGCUUUGAGGCGUCCGCUCUUCGUCGCCCCUCUGCCCCUGCACGGCUGGGCGGUGUUUGGUUCGGUGUCCAAAGCCCAGGCGGAGCAAACCCCUCCCUCCGAGGAAGCGCUGGGCUACGGCCCAGCAGGUGUGGGGUUAAGCCGGUUCUGGGGGCCCCGGGAGCAGCAGCCGCCGCCGCCGCCGCAGCAGCAGCAACUCCACCAGCAGCGUGCGGUCCCCGAAGAGAACUGGACAGCCUCUGAUUCCCGCCUGCGCCCCCCGCGCUGCUGGGGCCAAGAGGCCCCAGGGGAAGGACAACCCGACAUCUUAGGCGGCCGGGACCCCCGGCCCAGCUCGGUGGCCGAGGCCGAGAGCACCCCCAGUUCCUGCAGGGCCCUCCGGCCAUGUCGGACCCAGAUGUCCCCAGGGGCCCUGAUGCCCCCGCCAUGUGGCCCCCCUGUUCCAGGGGUGCCUGAGCCCCUUCGAGGAGCCCCAGCUGCACCCCCGCCCACCUUGGCCGAGUCCUAG